AUGGCCGGAAGACGAGUAACACAGCUGGCACUGCUUCUCCUGCUUUCGUCAAGUUGUGCCUGGGCGAACGACGGUACGAGGAAACCCGAGCGAAGCGACUUGAGACUCGGAAGGGAUAAUAUAUCGGUGGAACAGGCCGUAUCAUUGGUGACGGUUAAAACUGAGCUGGAUGGUACACCGUUCGGAGGAAUCAACGAGGGAUUCCAACAGGCUCGACACCAGGGUCGGAUAUUUGAGGAGCGCACACCAUUACAACCGGACAAAGACAUCGAUGACUUGCAACAAUCACAAGCCAGGACACCGACUGCCGAGGAAGCAGCGCAUAUCACCACGCCACCUUCAUUACAUCUCCCAAUCCUUCAACGCCAGGAUAACAACCAGGGCCAGAUAGACGACCUCAACAGUCGGCUCCAGUCCGCCCAGCAAUCCGCCCAGCAGGCCCUCCAAUCUCUCAGCGAUGCCUCCCGACGAGUCUCACAAGCCAGCCAACAGCUCUCACAAUCGUCGCAGCAGCUCUCACAACAGAGCCAGCAGCUCUCGCAGCAGAGCCAACAAUUAUCAGCGAGCCUCCAGCAGGCCACGCAGUCCGUCCAAUCGUUGACGCAGGCCGUGAGCUCCGCCCUUUCGAGUGGGAGCUCGGCGUUUGCGAGCUGCACGAGCAGCGCGUCGGUGGCGCUCGCGCAGGCGUCGGGUGAGCUUGCGAGCAAGGUCGGGGAGGCUCAGGCGCAGAUCACGCUUGCCAAUACUCAAGUACAGCAAGCCCAAGGCACCGCCGUCUCAAUCACCCAGGCCGCGCUCGCCAUCGUGGGGACAUUUAUCGGCUCAUCUCUGCUGACCGUCCUCAUCGUAUGGCUCAUAAUAAGGCACAAGCGGAAGCAAAAGGACCGCGCCGCGAGGCCGAUGAACACGGGCGUGAGCAGCUACUACGGAGGCGGGCCGGGCGCCGAGGCAUACGGCGAGAUCACCAAGGACGUCAAGGAGAUGAUGUCCCCGGCCAGCGGGACGACCAAGGUCGGCUCGGAGACGGCGCGGUCCUUCGGCGGGAGCAGGGGCAACGACAUGGUCACCCGGGGGUACGGGCGGGAGAAAGAAGGCGGGAUGGGCACCACGGGUAUGGCGACUGAACCAUCACCAGGAGCAGGAGGCGGCGGCGAUGUGCAAAUCGGCUACGCCCGGAGCACCAACUACCGCGAGCGCAAGGCGCCGAAGCUGUCGGAGCCGCCGCCGGCGAGGAGGAAGGACAGCGGCGCCGGCGACGGCACGCCCACGCCCCGGACGCCCAAGUACGAGGUCUUCCCCAAGGUGGCCAAGAGCCCGCCUGCCGCGGCGCCGCCGGCCCCUGGCAUGCUUGGCGCGGGUGGCUACCGCCCGCGGCCCCGGUCGUCGAUCCAGCCCGACUACAACCUCCAGGACUGGCUGCAGACCACCACCGUUUCCCCGUUCGGUACCCUCGAGCGGCCGAAUAACACCACCGCCGCGGCCGCCGCUGCCACCACCGCCACCACGACGCAGCCUACCGCCGCGCCGCCGCCGCCGCAACAGCAGCAGCAGCAGCCGAAGCGCACGUCUGAGGUCAAGUGGCCGCUGCAGUCGUCGUCGUCCUCGGAGCCGCCGUCGCGGUCCAACAGCAAUACAUCGCGGGACGCGGAGGCGGAUGCUGACGCCGAUGCCGACGCCGGGGAAGUCGCCACGUUCCAGCCUGCGCCAGCGGCGGUGGGGCGGGUGCCGGCGCCGCCGAGGAGAGUGUCUGCCGCGAGCUCGGGGCCGGCGGCAACGAGGUCCGUCCGCGUCGGCGUGGAGAGCAUGAGGGGGAUCGGGCUGCCUGGGGUGGCGAGGAAGGUGACGCUCAGGGAUUCUAAUGCCGAGAGCUUGGGCGGUUGGCAACGAUGA